UCUGGGAGCCGAGUCUCGGGGUCUCGGGGAAGGGGCGCAGGUAGCCGCCAUUUUGAGUUGCGAACCUUGUCGCUACGCUCAACGCUAGGGGCGGAGUGGCGACCCCACUGUUACCUGCAGCGGACGCCGCAACCGGGGACUGGGAAGUUAGAACAGCAGAUCGUGCCGCAUUAAUGGAUGCCAUGGCUAGUCCAGGGAAAGAUAACUAUAGAAUGAAAAGUUAUAAGAACAAAGCCCUAAACCCCCAAGAGAUGCGCAGACGAAGAGAAGAAGAAGGAAUACAGCUUCGAAAACAAAAAAGGGAAGAACAGCUGUUCAAACGCAGAAAUGUCUCUUUGCCCAGAAAUGAUGAAUCUAUGCUAGAAAGUCCAAUCCAGGAUCCAGAUAUCAGUUCCACUGUACCUAUUCCAGAGGAAGAAGUUAUCACCACAGAUAUGGUUCAGAUGAUUUUUUCUAAUAACGCUGAUCAACAGCUUACAGCAACACAGAAAUUUAGAAAGCUGCUUUCUAAAGAACCUAAUCCACCAAUUGAUCAGGUUAUACAGAAACCAGGAGUUGUACAGAGAUUUGUGAAAUUUCUUGAAAGAAAUGAAAAUUGUACUUUACAAUUUGAAGCUGCAUGGGCAUUAACUAAUAUAGCAUCUGGAACUUUUCUGCAUACCAAGGUAGUGAUUGAAACUGGAGCUGUUCCAAUUUUUAUCAAACUUCUUAAUUCAGAACAUGAAGAUGUGCAAGAACAGGCUGUUUGGGCACUUGGCAAUAUUGCUGGUGACAAUGCCGAAUGCAGAGAUUUUGUUUUGAAUUGUGAAAUACUUCCACCUCUUUUAGAGUUAUUAACAAAUUCAAACAGACUAACAACAACCAGAAAUGCUGUAUGGGCCCUCUCAAAUUUAUGUAGAGGGAAAAACCCUCCUCCAAACUUUAGUAAGGUUUCACCUUGCUUAAAUGUCUUGUCACGAUUAUUGUUUAGCAGUGACCCAGAUGUAUUAGCAGAUGUGUGCUGGGCCCUUUCUUAUCUCUCUGAUGGACCCAAUGAUAAAAUUCAAGCAGUCAUUGAUUCUGGAGUCUGUCGAAGAUUGGUGGAACUUUUGAUGCACAAUGAUUAUAAAGUUGUUUCACCUGCAUUAAGAGCAGUUGGUAAUAUUGUGACUGGUGAUGAUAUUCAAACACAGGUAAUUUUGAAUUGCUCUGCAUUACCGUGUCUCUUACACUUGUUGAGUAGCCCAAAGGAAUCAAUCAGAAAAGAAGCCUGCUGGACUGUUUCUAAUAUCACUGCUGGAAAUAGAGCUCAGAUUCAGGCUGUUAUAGAUGCAAAUAUUUUUCCUGUUUUGAUUGAGAUUCUUCAGAAAGCAGAGUUUCGCACCAGAAAAGAAGCAGCUUGGGCUAUAACUAAUGCAACAUCAGGAGGCACUCCAGAACAAGUAAGGUAUUUGGUAGCCUUAGGUUGCAUUAAACCCCUUUGUGACCUAUUGACUGUUAUGGAUUCUAAAAUAGUCCAAGUGGCUUUAAAUGGACUUGAAAAUAUUCUACGUCUUGGAGAACAAGAAUCUAAGCAAAAUGGAAUAGGCAUUAAUCCAUACUGUGCUCUCAUUGAAGAAGCAUAUGGUCUGGAUAAAAUUGAAUUUCUGCAAAGCCAUGAAAAUCAGGAAAUUUACCAAAAGGCUUUUGAUCUGAUUGAACAUUACUUUGGUGUAGAAGAAGAUGAUCCCAGCAUUGUACCUCAGGUGGAUGAAAAUCAACAACAGUUCGUGUUUCAGCAGCAGGAAGCACCAAUGGAAGGGUUUCAACUUUAACUUGGUGGGGGAAAAAUUAAUGGCUAAAAAGGGUAGUUUCAGAUAUCUCUUCUUUGUUACAGUGUCAGUAGGAAUGUUUGGUGUGUUUUUACUUAGAACAGAAAAGAAAAAGUUGAUGCACUUUUAAAAAGCAAAACAAAAGUUUCCAUUCGGAUGCAAUCUUUUGUUAUAGUUUUGUUUUUAUUUUGGUGUACCUGUAUUUGUGUUUCUGUUGUUUUAUCUAUUUUUUGUAUCUACUUGUGAACAAUUAAAUACAUAUAAAAUUAUUUAAUAACUUAAGCUUGAAAAGGAGAACUUUGGUAAAGUAUUACAUAAUGGUUCUGAAUUUUUUCUAGCAUCUUGGAAACUGCGCAUUAGCAGUUUUGCAUUAGCAGAAUUGCAUUCUGGCAGUAAGUCUGACAUGCCCAAUCUAUUAAAUCUACCUCUAUCUUGAAGCAAAAACAAAAAAGCUUCAGAAGCAUGAAAUAGUGUAAAAGCUAAAUUAGAAUGUGAAAAUAUCUGUUACCUUAAAUUAUAAAUCACUGUGCUGUAGGCUAUACUUUGCAAAAAAAAAAAAAAAGUUACAACAGAAAACCUGUAAAAUUUAUUUAUAAAACAUAGAAGUAUUGUACUGAUAAUCAAUUAAAAUGUGGCAAUUGUGAAGAGAAAAGCUGUUCUUCAUGUUGAACACAUUAAAAUGAUUACACAACAUUUAAAUAUUUGUUUUUAACAUACAAAUGCUAUUAAUAUUAUUAUAUUUUGUAUUUUGACCAAAUAUGCUACCAUUUUUGAAAUAGUGUUUUAUUAUUUUUUCACUCUUCAUUUUAAAAAGCAUCAUGAUAGAGAUGCCAUCAUGAAUCCAAAGUAGUGCUGCAUAGCAAAAAUAAUACUGUAAUUCUUUCUCUGAUAUUUCAGAGCAGUAAUUGAAGAGUUUCACUUUUUGUGUAAUAAUAAACUUGGGUACUUGAAUGGCAAAAUUAUCCUGAAGAAAUCACCUUGUUAUGUUUAAAUUUUAUUAUAUGCACUUAAUGUUUGGACACUAAAGGGUGACACUAGUGAAAAUUGCUAAGGAUUCUUUAAUAUAGUUGAAAUCUGUAUUGGAGAUUUUUUUUUCAUAAUACAGAGAGGGUCAUACCGCUGCUUGUUGUAAAUCAGUGUAUUAGAUUACAUUUGUAGCAGAUCGGUCAGUAUAAUGUAUCUGUUUUACCUAUUAACAGCAAAAACCUCUUCAAACUGUGAAGCUUUUAAAAAAAAAAGCUUCAAUGGGAAAAUUCUAUUUAUUUAUAGAUACAUAUGUAUAUGGUGUCUGUGUGUUGUUCUCACAGUGCUGUACUUGUUAGAGCUUUCUAAGCAGAUAUGGUACUGUUGAACUGCAGUCUUUUCAUUUAUGGUUAUAUGCAGGCUAUUUACAUUUCCAAUUAUAUACCUAAAAUACUUAUUUAAAAAUUAGUAUACAACUGUCUUAAGAUGGGAACUAAAGCAUUUUUGAUAUGAUCCAUAGUCUAUUCUGUAAAGAAAGAUUUCAUUUAUGAUAGCGUUUAUAAUGUUUCUGCUGGAAAUCAGAGGCAUGUUACAAGAAGAAAAUGUAUAUAGGAGUACUUUUAAAACUUAGUAUGACACUUUGUAAAUUAUGUAUCAUGAAACCGUGCUUUUGGCAAGACACUUAAAACCUACAGAUAUAAAAUACAGGUUUAAAUGGUGUCCAUAAUGCUGACUGUAUCUGCCAAACCUCUUUUAUAUAUUGUUAAGUAGAGGAUUGUAUCUGUGCCCUUUUUAUUGUGGUGGAAGUUAUAAAGUUGAGUAAAAAAAGGUUUUUGUUGUUGUUGUUGUGUUAUGUGUAUUCAAAAGAACAGGGUAGUUAUAUCAAAGAUUACCAAAUUGAUGGUGAAUUUAUGAGGUAAACUCUUCUCUGUGGUACAGAUGGUUCUAAGUAUCAGGUGACAGGGUAUUCCACUCUUUGUAAUCAACCGAACUUAAUAAUGCAGUAUAAUUCAUAAACUAACCAGCUGUGCCUGCUUUUAUUUUGAGGACCCUGUAGUCAUAUUAAUAAGUAUCAGAGUCAAGUCUUUCAAACAAAGUAGUUCUUAUGAAAGGAAAAAUAAUAUAUGUGUGUGUACACACCCUCACACAUAAAAUGAUCUUUGAGGGGGCAAUUUUUAAAUUUUGCCAGUAAAACCUUAUAUCUCCAAAUACAGAAUAUGACCAUAUUAUAAGCAUCUAAAUAUAAGCUUAUAUUUAGAUCUGUUACUUGGAUAAUUAAUUUGAUUAGAUUUGAAUGCAAGGAGUAGUAUCUAAUAGCUGGGACCAGCUAUUGACAUGGUGAUGACUUUAUUGAACCAAGACUAGCAAAUACUUUGUUAUUAGAAUUUUUUAAUAUAUGUCAACUCCUUUCAAAUAUAAUUUUUAAAAUGCUUCAAAAUAUAUUUUCAUUAUUCUUCACUGACCUUUAUGGAAAAAAAAAUUGACUUUCUUUCCUAAUAAGACUUCUUAUAUUUCAAUCCAAGAGAAACUGUGCCAAAAAAAAAAAAAAAAAAUUAAAA